AUUCAAAGCUUCAUUAACAAAAGACCUAGGCAGACGGCAGUCCCUUCCCACUCCGCCAAAAAAAAUGAAUCGAGCAGUUGAGAACACAGGCAGGCAACGAACGUGAGAACUGAGAAGCAGCAUCGCCCGCUCCCUCUCCGGCUUUACUCCCCAACAGAAAUCUACCUUCCUUCUCCAGUUCUCCCCAUUUGUUCUCAGAUUCUGCAAUUUUCAAGAGUAUGAGUUUGGAUAAAUUUGUAAUUAAGACUAAGAGGUCGUUGAUUGGAGGUGUUAGUUCUUCAAUUGUUCCUAAUCAGUCUAUCUCUAGUGUUGAAAAUGCCACUGCGUCAAAUGAAAAUAUUGCUAGAGAUGAGAGGAAUGAGAGGGACAAGAGAGCCCGAACAGAAAGUACACAUGAAUGGGAUAUUAUUAGUGAUCCAUUUUUACGAAAACCAAUUAAUGAAUAUGCGUCGGGGAUUAGGGAUGAUGUGAUGAGAGCAUAUGUUGUUAAAGGUGCUUGUCAACCAGCAUCUCAUAAGUUUCCACGAACUGAAUUUGGUAAGACAUUAAGGAGCUUUCGAGGAGAGUGGUUUAAAACUUGGGAAUGGUUGGAAUAUAGUAUUUCUAAAGAUGCCGCUUUCUGUUUUUGGUGUUACCUUUUUCAUGGGCAUGAAGGAAAGAGAUUUGGUGAUGAUGUGUUUGUGAGGACCGGAUUCCGUAAAUGGAAGAAAGCUCCUGAAAAAUUUAGAGAUCAUGUUGGUAUUGUAGAGAGUGUGCACAAUGAUGCUAGAACACAAUUUUUUGCUUUCAAAAAUCAAAAACAAAGUAUUUCAAGAAGUCUCUCUUCAGGAACACAACUGUUGGGUGCGGCAUACCGUACUCGUUUGAAUGCAAGUGUGGAUUGUGCUAGAUUUUUAAUUGCACAAGGAUUGGCUUUUCGUGGUCAUAAUGAGCGAGAGAGCUCAUUAAAUAGAGGAAAUUUCUUGGAAUUACUAGAAUGGUAUAGUGCACGCAAUGUCGAUGUGGCAAAAGUGGUGAAAGACAAUGCACUUUCGAAUCACCAACUUACUAGUCCUAUGAUUCAAAAAGAUAUUAUUAAUGCCUGCGCAUCACAAACAACAAAAGCCAUAAUAAAUGAUCUUGGUGACAAGUUUUUUUCUUUAUUGAUUGAUGAAGCUCGUGAUAGUUCUGUGAAAGAACAAAUGGCAGUUGUUGUGAGAUAUGUAAACGAUCAUGGAGUUGUGAUUGAGCGGUUCCUUGGGGUUAAGCAUGUUGUUGAGACCACAUCUCUUUCUUUAAAAAGUGGCAUUGAUGAUUUUUUUUCAAAACAUGAAUUAUCAAUGUCUAGAGUUCGAGGACAAGGGUAUGAUGGAGCUUCUAAUAUGCGAGGUGAAUUGAAUGGAUUGAAGACUCUUAUCUUGAAUGAAAAUCCACAUGCGAGAUAUAUUCAUUGUUUUGCUCACCAAUUGCAAUUAGUUGUCGUGGUUGUUUCUCAAAAAAAUAAUUUUGUGAGUGAUUUCUUUGAAUAUUUGUCCAUGAUUACUAACAUGGUUGGAUCCUCUUGUAAAUGAAAAGAUGAAUUUCGCCAAAAACAACAUGAAAACAUGGUAGCCAUGUUAGAAAAGGUGAAAUUACGACCGGGAGAGGAUUGAAUCAAGAAAGUACUUUAGCACGACCGGGAGCUACUCGAUGGGGUUCACAUUUUACAACCAUUAUUCGUAUUCUAUCUUUGUGGUCUCCAACAAUCCAAAUGCUUGACAAUAUAUUUGAUGAUGGAAUUGAUUCGAAAUCAAGGGGCAAAGCUAGUAGUUUGGUUGAAAAAAAGGAGAGCUAUCAAUUUGUUUUUAUAGCCCACUUGAUGAAGAAGGUAUUGGGAUUGACGAAUAUGUUGUCACAUUUCUUGCAACAAAAAGAUCAGAACAUUCUUGAGGCUGUGAGCUUGAUUAAAAGCACUAAAGAGAAGUUCCAAGAUUUGAGAGAAAGUGGAUGGGAAGAGUUAUUAGAAGAUGUCAGUAAAUUUUGUUUGAAGAAUAAAAUUGACAUUCUAAACAUGGAAGAUAAAACUCAUCGUUCUAGACGCGUUCGCCAUCUGGUAACAAAUUAUCAUCACUUUCGAGCUGAUAUUUUUUAUCAGGUUAUAGACCAGGUCAAUCUGGAAAUGGAGAAUCGCUUUAGUGAGUCAAAUACAGAUUUACUCGCUUGUUUAGCUUGCCUUGAUCCUAAAGAUAAAUUUUCCAAUUUCUGUGAGUCAAAGCUACUCAGUCUUGCGGAGUUAUAUUCAUCUGAUUUUUCAGCUGUUGAGCAAAUGGAGCUUAAAGAACAACUCCAAGUUUGGAUAUAUGAGAUGAGAGGAAAUGAAGCAUUUUCCACUUUACAAAGUAUUGGUGAAGUGUCUAAGAAGAUGGUUGAGCUUACAAUUCACAAAUCUUUUUACUUGGUCUAUCGUCUUAUUGAGUUGGCUCUAGUGUUACCAGUUGCAACAGCCACAGUUGAAAGAGCUUUCUCAGCGAUGAAUAUUAUCAAGACAGAUCUUCGCAAUAAGAUGGGAGAUGAUUAUCUUACGGAUUGCUUAGUAUGCUACAUCGAAAGAGACAUUUUUCAAGCAAUUGAUAAUGAAGCUAUUAUGCAGCAUUUUCAAAAUAUGAAAACUCGUAGGAUUGAUUUGCCUAGGUUGCAGAAGUAAAUCAAGUAGUAUGUAAUGAACUAUAAUUUUUUGUUAAAUUAUUACGCUAUUGUUGUUCUUAUUAUAUUUUGGACACGAACUUUAAAAUUUUUAGUCUUUGGUUUGCCCCUCCUUGUACAAACCUCUGGCUCCGCCACUGGGUGUAACUAAAGCAAUACUGUCCCAGUUUCUAAAUAAACAUUCCACUUUCCUAGCCUUUUCAGUCCGUCCUUAUAA